AUGCGACUGGCGAGUCUCAUGCUUUCUCUCGGUCGGCUGCGGCUGUGGCUCGGGCGCGUCGGCUCCAGCUAUGGAGAGGCGCGCUCCGCUGUCGGCGCCGCCGGCGCCAAGCGUAAAGACUACCAGCAGUUCUUGGCCUCGGGCGCCAGGCGCCCGAAAACGCCAGUCCCAGACGACCGCGGCAUCGGCGAGCGCACGUGGAAAAAGGACAUGCGAAACUGGCGGUUUCAGAUCCGUUUCGCGCUGGGCGCGCAGCAGCGCCCGGACGCCGUCAGCACCGGGGCGCCGCCCGAGAUUUUUCGCCUCGGCGCCCCUGGGGCCGAGGAGAGCUGGGUCAGCAGGAAAACCAACCGCGAUGAAGUCGUUCAGGCAAUUAAGUGGCAUAGCGACUACCAGCGCCUCCUGCUCUCAAACACCAGCAUCACGCAUGUUCGUGCUGCCUCCACGCGCCCCGACCGCCAGAACGGCGUGUACCCGCCUGGCGGCGACCCGGAGUUCAUGGGAAAACGGCAAGAGGUCUCGUUGAUGGAGGUCAUGUGUGAGGCCGAGGACGUCGGCCUGCUGGCGGACUGCGACCUCGGCUGCGACGGCGGGGCCGCGAAGCGCCGCGCGUGGCCGGAGGAUUGCCCUGGCCUGCUCGCAGAAGGCUGGCCCAGCGGAGAGGACGUGCGCGAGGCUGCGGCGGGGGCGCAGAAGCUGGGGCCGUCCGCGGGCGGGCCGGGGCGACAGGACCCUUGCGCGAGGAUCAAUGCGGUAGAGGACGUGCUCGUCUUCCGCUCGCCCGCGAUGGUCUAUUGCCCCGAGGCUGCGGGAGCGUUCCCGAGCCUGGCCGGCGACGGGGCCAGAGGCUGUGGCCCCGAAAGCCUAGCAGCGGGCGGCGAGAUCACGGACCCGAGCGGCUCUUCGAACUUCGAGUUCAUGGCCGCCGCGAGGUGCCGUUUAGCAUUCUUCGGGGCGACAAUGAGGCUCUGCCCGUGCACCCGGAGCUCGACGUCAACCCACGACACCACUCCCCCGGAUCCGUCCGACCGGCACGCCACAGACAGCUGCUCAGCGAACGUCCCCUUCACGACCUCUAUUGCGCACAGACAGCACCAGCCGCAGCUGGCCGCGAUGAUGUCGUCCACGUAUCUGCGCCAACAGAUGCAUUGCUUCGCGGACCAGGGAUGGAAAGAGAAACCAGCGGCCGCGUGGGCGAAUCCGGGCUGGAAGUACACCCGCUCCUGGCGCGCGCCCGCGGCGGUGGGAGUUGAUAAGCGCCCAGCCAUCGCCAAUUGGGCGGGCGAGCGAGUCCCCGCUGCGAUGGCCGAGGCCUUCUCGGAGGUCGACGGCGCGUGGCGCCCCGCUCUGGUCCGCGUCCGCGCCGCCCUCGCCCUGGCGAGCGCAUGCUGCGCGCCGCGCGGCGUCGCGGCGCGGCUGCUGCCCCGGCCCCUGCCGGCCGCUGGGGGGCUGCCGCUGCCGGGGCUGCAGCACGGCAGGAGAUUGUUGCAGGUGGGCCUGGGCGCUGCUGCCGCGGUGCUGCUGGCAUCGAGUCAGAAUGCACGAUGGCUGGGCUGCGAGACUGCACCCGCGCUGGCGUUACAGGCCCCGAGCGAGGAGGCACUAGCGGCCAUGGCAGCACAGGCCUCCGUGGCGCCGCGUAAGCGGCUGCGGCUGCGGUGGGUCCGCGUGCUCUGGCGGUGCGUCGUGCUGAUGCUCCACGCCGUCCCCGUGGCGUGCGCGGCGCCCCUCUGCUGGCUGCUGUGGCGCCACGGGGGCGAGAGCGUCUUCUGGAGCCUCGUUCUCUCCAUGCUGCAGGCAAACGGCCCCAUCGCCGUGAAGUUCGCGCAGUGGGCCGCCACGCGUCCCGACAUCCUGCCAGGGGGCGUGUGCGACCACUUGUCCGAGCUUCAGGCCUCCGUGCGGCCACACCCGCUCAAGGACACUGUGCGGACACUCACCAAGGAGCUUGGCCCCGAGUGGCGCGAGUCGCUGGAGCUGGACCCCGUCCCGGUCGGCUCCGGGUGCAUGGCGCAGGUGUACCGCGGCUGGCUCCGCGCCGAGGGCGGCCUGCGCGUGCGCGAGGUGGCGCUGAAGGUAAGACAUCCCGGAGCGCUGGAGAAGGUCGACCUCGAUUUAGAGGUGAUGUCCACGCUCGUCGGCGCCCUCGAGGGUGCGUGGCCAGCGGUGCGGUACCUCGCGCUCGGGGAGGCGGUUGCGAAUUUCGAGGUUUUCUUGCGCCCACAGGCCGACUUGCGGGUGGAGGCCGCGAACUUGGACGUUUUCCGGAGAAAUUUCUCCUACGCCACUUCAGGCGACGGCUUGCGAGUUCGUUUCCCAGAGGCGGACGGGCCGGCGCUUGGCCAAGUGGAGGUCGUCCGGCCCUUCGUGUCGGAGGGCGUGUUGGUAGAGUCGUUCGAGCACGCCGUGCCGCUUCAGGCGGUGCUGGGGUGCGGUCGCCGCCGGGGCGGCCAAGACCACAGCGAGGCUUGGCAUGGCCUCCCUCUUUCAGAGGUUCGCGAACAAGUCGGUUCAUUGUGCAUGAGCACGUUCAUGAAGAUGCUCUUCUCGGACAACUUCGUCCACGGGGACAUGCACCCUGGCAACAUCCUCUUCCGCUACCCAGACGCAGGGCCAGCGGGACCUGGCAAGCCAGAGAUUGUCUUGAUCGACGCUGGCCUGAGCGUCGGGCUGUCGCGGAAGGACCGGCGCAACUUCGUGGAGCUGUUCCACGCCAUCGCGACGGACGACGGGCGGCGCGCGGCGCAGCUGAUGGUGGAGCGCUCCCCGGGGGACCGCAGCCAGGUCGUUGACGAGGAGGGGUUCGUCGACAGCAUCUCGAGGCUCAUCUCCUCUGCUCGAGGUGGCGGCGUCGCUCUGGGAAAGGUGCGAAUAGGCGACAUAUUCAGCGAGAUGCUCGGGUUGGCGUGCAGUCAUCGGGUGAAACUGGAGACGAACUUUGUCAAGGUUGCUAACAGCAUCAUCGUCUUAGAGGAUGGACUCUAUCUCUCUCUCUCUCUCUCUCCCUCUGUCUUUCUCUCUCUCUCUCUCAUGUGUGAUGGAGGGUGCAUCGGCAUCGGUAUGAGCUCGACCUCUGCAUAUGCCAAUACUGUUAGCUACUCGGUGGCAGACCGUCGAGCUGAACUAAUGAUACGCCCGCGUUUGCUGCGUUACCAGGCCUGGCUGCAUGCUCAGAUGAGGUCCGCCUAGCCAAGCUACCUAUGGGACGAUCCAGAUGCAUUGCUAUCGCGGAGCGAAAAGUUCCUGUAGUGUCGAAUAUGUUGUCGAUUGCGAAUUUCGAAAGCUCAACUGCAGACGUGGACCCAAGUUGCGUUGGGCCCGAUAGUUUUGAAUCAUUUGACAAGGUGGUGCACGUCCCAUUGGAGUUGGAGUAUUUGGCUGUUCCACGCAAAGUAGUGGCUCUGGAACAGUUGGAUCAAUCGUCUGAGUUUGUAUUACAAAAUUAGUGUGGCAGCUCAUGGAUUGACAUGCGAUUCGUUGGUCGCAUGCGUGAUGGUAUCUUAUUUCCUCUUACAGUUGAAAUAGUGUCGCUGAUGAUUGAUCCACAGAGUCACAGGAUCGAAGCGGAGAUGUUCGUAUCAUCCUCCAGCCAGAAAUGGGAAGCUUGCACAUCAGUGAGUCGCAGGGUUCUUAUCUCACCAGGGCGUCGCGGCUUUCAAUAGGCAUCACGUUUGUACGAUGACACACAGAGCCGGCGAGUGUGCCUUUGUGGCGGCUACAAGUGUGGACAAUUUCAGAUUGCUUCUGAUAAGUCCCAUCGCCGUGCCAGCGCAGUACUCCGUGUGGCGACGCUUCAAGCGCCGACAGAAGGGUAUCACAUGUGAAACUUCUUGCCUCCAUGUCGUGAGGGCUUCCCAUGGGGG